AUGAAGGUGUUCCUGGCUCUUCUGUUGGUUGCUGUCACUUGCAUGGAAUUUGUGCAAACCUUGCAAUGUUACUCUUGCCAAGAACCUACUGCUGUUGAAAAGUGCCUGCAGAUCCAGAACUGCACGACAAAUGAAACCAUGUGCAAGACUACGAUGUAUUCCCUGGAGGAUGUUUACCCCUUCACGGGGGUCUCAACCUUCACCAAGAUGUGCUCCUCUGUCUGCCUCCCAUCCGAUGUGGAUGGGAUCGGCCUGACGCGCCCCGUCUCCUGCUGCUACUCCGACCUGUGCAACUUCGAUGGUGCAGCUACUCUGAGGAUCAACUUGGUGCUAGUAGGGAUGCUAGCAGGUUCCCUUUGUGCCCUCUCCUGGACUAGGCUGUGA